AUGGCUUCAUCUCUCCAGAUAGUACGCUCAUUAGAAAUGGGAAUCUUUUUCCCAGUAAACUUAAUUGGCAAUCUUCUGGUCAUUAUUGUGAUCAAACGCACUAAAAAAGACUUGCGGACUCCAGUGAAUUAUUUGUUAGGAAACCUGGCUGUGGCAGACAUAACAGUGGCCUUCUUUAUGGUCGUGGACCAAGUUUUCUUUCAUACGGCCAAUCAUCCCGGAGGCUUGACAGGUGAUUAUCUGUGUAAGCUCCUCACUGGAAAGACCCUCUCCUGGGUAGGGUCCGUGGCUUCCGUAUGUACACUUUUAGCUAUAGCUUUCGAGAGGUGAUUUAACCGUUUUUCAUGCUUUGUACUAAAAUUCUAAUGAAUUUGACACAUUUAAUUAAGCUUUUCUUACAUUUCAAUGCUUCACACUGAAUAAAAAGUAUUCUUUAGCAUAAAAGAAAUACCUUCACCUCUGCUUUCUUUAAGUCUCUCCCAACGAGUCCAGUUUCAGGCCCAAUCCAUCUCACCUACAGGUUUUUCAGGUUUAUCUUCGAACGACGUUCUGUAUUUCGAGGCUUCUGCCUUAGCGCUAACAUCAUCAGAUUUUCCGGGUGAAGGCAAUUUCAUAGCAGACGGUGUGGAGAUAAUGUGAACGACUUCGUAAAAGGGGAAAAGUGGUAUUUUGUCGGAAAGAGAUUUACCCUGAGAGUUAGAUUGGAAACUGAAUGAAAAACUUGAGAAAUUGACUUACCGUAAGAAACGGUUUUCCUCUGAAACUGAAAGUGACUGUAAGGAAUAAACUGACACAGGUGUAUCCAUAUUCUAUGUCUAUUCAAGCCGUCCCCUUAACAACCUCUUCUGUCCUUUCCUUUUUCAGUUUAGCUUGAAAUUGUAAAAAAUGAGAUUCAUGAAAGUCACAUUAACUUUCGUGGAUGCGAUAGUGACACUUCUUUUCAUUAAAUUUCUUCAGCACUGAAAACCUAUGAAUAUCAAACUAUUAAGAAUCCUUCCUCUUGUGGGAACGCGUUGGAAAAUCCUACAGAUCUAAAGAAGGUUAAAAGCAUAUUGCGAUUGACGAUUAAUUAGUAAUCUAACACUGUAUGAUAUGCUGCUUCCAAAAGAUUUUAGGGUAAGGGUAUGGACACUAAGGGAUUCCACCUGACAACAUAUGGAAGAAUACGGAGAACUGGGCCCUGAUUGGGCCUAGCAACGAAUCCCCUACUUUUCCUUUCUCAUCACAAUGUUUUUUAGAAUACGAGGUGGGAUAUCAGCCCAAACAAAAUAUUGCUACGGAAACACUUCCCCUUCUAACACCCCUGUCUAUGAAACCAAUUCGGGGACAUUUGAUUCUAAGUCAGUUUUUUAUUUUUUCCACACAAAGAUGUGCUUUAUUCUUAUUAACGUUACUUUUCAUAGGUUCUACGCAAUUGUCUUGCCUUACCACCGCAGAGAAAGAAUCACCAAGAAAAAGGUUGGCGUCCUUGUUGCGUCGUGCUGGGUAUUUGCCUUUUUUUUCAACGCGCCUUUAUUUGUUGUUCGCAAAUUUAAUGACGACCCAGGGACUGGGUUCUUUUGCAGAAGUUCCUGGCCAGACAAUCGAUUAGGACUUAGCUAUAACUACUUAUGGUUGAUGUUUGUGGGAGUAAUCCCAAUUUGUGUUAUGGUAUUAUUUUAUGGUAAGAUCGUCCACAACCUAUGGCACAGCGAAAGACAAGCUGUGCACGGAGCACAACUAGCUCGUUUGAAUUCAAGAAAGCGAGUCACAAAAAUACUUGUCACUCUGAACAUUAUUUACGCAUUCUGUUGGUUUCCCAAUUUGUUGAUAAACGUCAUCGUUUAUUACAUAGCUAACCCCAAACUUUACUCGAUCGGUUAUCUUGUGACGGAGUUGCUAGUGCUGUUGAACUCCAGCAUAAAUCCGUUUGUUUAUGCUUUGCAAAGUAAGCAGUUCCGAAUUGCCGUUAAGAACAUAUUUUGUUGUAGGAAAAGAGUGGAAGUAAGACCGCUUGCUACGUUCGAUACCCGG